AUGAUUAUUCAAACCAAAGUAGAUAAAGAAACUGCCGAACAAGAAGUGCAAAUCCUCAAAACCAACCUAACUAGCCACACUCAACUGCUCACUGAAGAGCAAAAUAAAAUUCAAUCUCUUCAAAAUACUCUUACCGAACUUAAAUUAAUCCAAGAAGCUAAUGAGAAAGAAUUGAAAGCCAAGCAAUCCCAAUUAGAAAAAGAACUCAUCCAAAGUAAAUCCUCUACAGCUUCUUUAAGAAGGGAAAUUGAAGACCUUAAAAAACAAAUCCAGGAUAAUAAAACCUUACAUGCUAAAUCUUUAUCAGAAGAGCAAACUAAACUGAGAGAGGCAGCUGAAAAACUAGCUAAUCAAAUUGCUGCUAAUCAAGCUCAAAAUCAAGCCAUUAGCCAACUAGAAACUAAUUUAAAGGAUAGUGAAGACAUUCUUAAGCAAACCCAGAAACAACUUAACCAAUCCCAAACUAAAAUCACUCAGUUAGAAACCCAAAUCUUAAAUCAUGAGCAGUUAAAGGGAAGGUAUGAGAGGGAAUUGAGAGAAAGCCGGGAUAAAAACGAACAACUUCAAUCCAAUCUCACUAACACCCUCAAAUCCCUCUCUGAUCUCCAAGCCGAAAACAAAACCCUUAAAGAACAAACCGAGCAAAAACAACAAAGGAUUUUAGCUUUGGAGGCUGAUAAAACUGACCUUCUUAAAAGCCUAGCCCACACUAAGCAAACCCACCAAACCUAUCUUAACCAGGAAAAGCAACAACUUAAAAAAGAAAUUAACUUAAUUAAGGAG